UCUUUCCCCCCCCCCCCAAAAAAUGGCGAUUUCGACGCUCCAAAAACUCACCUCCCAAAUCCACCGUCUCCCCUCACUCUCCUCCCAAAUCCUCACCCGAUCCUCCGCCACCUUAACCUCCCCCUCCCCUUCCUCCUCCAAGAAAGUUGCUGACCGGAUCGUCAAGCUCUUCGCCAUCGACCCUGAAGGCCAGAAGCGUGAGGUUGUGGGACUAGCGGGCCAGACCUUACUUCGUGCCUUGACUAACUGCGGACUGAUCGACCCCGCCUCUCACCGCCUCGAGGAGAUCGACGCUUGCUCCGCCGAAUGUGAGGUCAACAUCGCCCAGGAGUGGCUCGAGAGGCUUCCGCCGCGUACUUACGAUGAGGAAUAUGUGUUGGUGAGGAAUUCGAGGGGUCGUAUCUUGAACAAGCAUUCCAGGCUUGGAUGUCAGGUCGUGCUUACGCCUCAGCUCCAAGGUAUGGUCGUCGCUGUCCCCGAGCAGAAGCCCUGGGAUAUCCCAUAAUUAUUUAUAGGGAAAAU